ACCCAGGCACCCAAGAAGGCGAAGAGGAAGGCAGCCGAAGGCAGCUCCAAUGUCUUCUCUAUGUUUGACCAAACCCAAAUCCAGGAGUUCAAAGAGGCCUUCACUGUCAUUGACCAGAACAGAGAUGGCAUCAUCGACAAGGAAGACCUGAGAGACACAUUCGCCGCCAUGGGGCGCCUGAAUGUGAAGAACGAGGAGCUGGACGCCAUGAUUAAAGAAGCCAGCGGCCCCAUCAACUUCACCGUCUUCCUCACCAUGUUUGGGGAGAAGCUCAAGGGUGCUGACCCCGAGGACGUGAUCAUGGGGGCGUUCAAGGUCCUGGACAGCGAGGGCAAAGGCACCAUCAAGAAGCAGUUGUGAGUAUCCCUGUCCCCA